CCUCUCAAGGAAAGGAUUAUACUUUCGGUGACUGAAAGUUUGUUUCUACUCCAUGUUAUUCUAGUCAGAAUGAGUUUUUCAAAAUCCAAUGGAUACACCUUAUCAUUAUUAUUUGUGCUUGUUAGUUUUCAUCCUGUGCAGAGACUUCAACUGUGAGCAGACUUGUACUGAACUGGAGCUGCAGGACAGACAACCGAACGAAAAUCACAUCAAAGUUCAGACAAACUCUGUAUUAAGCUUAACAGUUUAUUUAAACACUUUUAACUGUCAAGAAAGAUGGAACUGGUCCCUUGUCAGGCUGUCAACCUAUGAGAACGGCAUCCACGUUGAUGUCUGCAAAGUUCUUCUCCACAGCGUGACGUGUCACGUGACAAGCGUGUCCUCCCCGUGCACGUGUUUACGCCCUCUGGCGAUCAAGUUCUCCAAGCAGAUUACACAAGAGGACAAUAAAGUCUUCAUUUGGAAAUGGAGUGAUUCCCAGUCACUUCAAGAAGAAAAACAAAGAGAGAUAACCCUGUUUGUUGAGCAAUCGGAAGAGAAGACUGUCUCACUGACACUCCUGCUGACAACUACUAUCUCUUGUGUUGGCUUUGUCAUCAUCGUCAUCAUCACUGCUAUCUGUGUCGUCAGACACAAGCGACACACUAGAGUCAGGACAAGCGUCCCCCCGACACGUGUACAAGGGGAAGAAAUCCACAUGUACACAGCGUUGUACCCUCAGGGACUAAGACAUCCCGAGGAAACACAAACCAGGGUUCGAAGCUCUAAAGAGAUGACAGAAUCAGUUGGACCACGGACUACAGCUGUUGCCAGAGAAAAUCAACCAGACUACCUUGAGCUGACGGAUCAUCCUGACGAUUAUCUUGAACCUGUACCGAUCUUAUAGAGAAGAGGAGGAUAAUUUUCCUAGUGAAUACACCUGUUGUUUACAGUUUUACCCGCCACUUUUGUGCCAGAUGUUUUAAAUGUACGAUGAAUUAAGAAUGAAUUAAAAUGCAUGGACCUCUCUUCCUAAGAUUGCUGUCUUAGAUGAGUCAUUUCAAAUUCUUGGGGGCAUUGGAUAAAGGCAAGAAAAUAUCCAAAAUGUUAAUAAUCAUUAUUUUAAUCAUAUUGUGCUCUACUGAUUUUCAUCUGAAUGAGCAAAUGAAAAAAUGUACGUACGUAUGGACUGAAAUGUGAUUUCCUUAAUGACAGACGAAAGAAACCUAUAAUUAUAAAGGAGGUUGCAUUUGCUUAGUAUUAUUGUACAUUGUGGAACGGACUAAUGGUUAAGUUGCUUCUUUGUGUAUUGUCAAUAUUGUGAUUGGUACUCUUUUCCUCUUAUUGUUAGUACUUGAUGUCAGUAAUCGAAUGUCACUUUAUUGCUAAUAAUGGUAUUAAUGUUUCGUUUAUUCAAUGUUACUCCUCGGGGAGCAUAGGGCCGCAAUGGUGUUAAUGUAAUACUCAUUGCUACAUUACCAUCACGACUUAUUUAUAUAGACUUAUUUGCAUCUUACUUUUGGAACAAAUAAAUUCAAGCAUCGAUGGUAUUAAUAAACCUUACUAAUAUUAGAAAGUAA